CCGGAUGCCAUCAGAGAGCUGCCUCCCAACAACAACAUUAACGCUCAACUGUCAGACACAACUUCUGCUUUCACUGCGAUGCACUGAUUUGAAUACAUUAAAAAUGUACUAGGUCAGUGUUUCUGCCGCGACAGUUACACAUAGUUAUCCGGUUUCAUUCAGACUCGCCGCUUCGCACGUCGCCGCGACUUUCUCCCGAGUCCAAACUGGCAGUUGGUAUUAUAACAAGCACCUGAGGCCAGAUGAACCAAAGAGGCGUCAAAACAGGACAGAAGACUCACCUGUUGCUACCUGCAAACUGAUAUGUUGUUCAACGUGAACAGGACACAAACAGCUUUGAAGUAAUGAUAAUAAAGAUGCCUUCACUGUCCAGUGGAAUGGAGAGUCUGAAGUGAUGGAAAACAGAGAGGAAAGCCCUGCCAAUGAGCAGGCCGCCACACCUCCCGAGCGAGGACUUCUCCACAUCUGGCAGUCAGCGGGCCCCAGUGACCAGUUCUGUCCAGAGAGAGUGCUGCUUUCCAGACCUGUUCUGCAGGCCACCCUGGGAGAACAUCAUGGGCUCCUGCUUACACAGGGUGGUCAGGUGUAUUCGUUCGGAGAGCUGUUGUGGAGGGAUCUGAGCAUCCCAGUGUCUGCUCCCGUGCUAGAGGUGUCUCUGCUGGGGAAGACAGUGGUCCGUGUGGCUGCCGGCGGCUUCCACUGUGGAGCGCUGAGUGAGCAGGGCAGCGUCUACAUGUGGGGAGAGAACACUGCAGGACAGUGUGGGCUGACUGAGAAGGGCACAGUCACAAACAUCACAGUUUCAGAGCCGUGCCCGGUCAGUGUUGUGGACAGUGAGGUCGUUCCUCCAGCAGUGGUUCGGGUUGUGGAUCUGGCCUGUGGACGGGAGCACAGUCUGGCUCUGUCUUCCCAGAAUGAGCUGUGGGCCUGGGGCAGUGGCUGCCAGCUUGGCCUGGUCACAAACACGUUCCCUGUGUGGAGACCACAGAAGGUGGAGCACUUGGCUGGCAGACAUGUGAUUCAGGUUGCUUGUGGCGCCUACCACAGCCUAGCCCUGGUGCGCAGUUUACCUCCUCAGAACUACAGUACCCAGAACACCCCUGAGAAGAGGGAGCGGGGCCAGUCACCUCACUACACAGUGACAGAGAGGGAGGAUACAGUUGAUGAUGCUCACUACUGUCCGCUGGGGGUGGAGCUGUCUGAAGUCUUGACAGGCGAGACCUCUCCCAGGAGAAGAGGCCCUAGACGAAGGCUCCAACGUGGGGGAAGGUCAGCUGGCAGCAGCCCUGGCUCUGGAGCUGGCUCAUGCCCGUUUUCUGAGGAGGGCAGAUCUACCACUAAACAGAAGAAUCUCCCAGUUGGCGCCGAUCUCGAGCCUGACGAGGAGACUAACCAUCUAACUCAGGUGGAUGGGAGCCCCAAGUCUCACCCACUGUCAGGCUGGAGAGCCAGCAAGAACUCUGCUUUCUCUGAUGAGGUGGAGCUCCAGAAUCUCCUCCAGAAACUCUCUGGUCACUCAUUGGAAAUGCAAAACACCUCUGGACCAGGGGAUACUGACUCACUGAGCAGUCACACUUCAGAUGACAGCUGUGUUUCCUCAACUCCUUCCAUGGAUCUGUUCACUUCCAGUUAUAAGGAAGAAUCAUCACUUAACAGUCAGACCACCAAUAACAGUGGAGUGUCUGGGCCAUACUCCUCCUCCCCUGUGUGCUUGGAAGAGGUUCGACUUUGUCUGGAGACAGAGAAGAAGGCACUGCAGGGGCAGAAGAGCUCCAGUCUUACAAAUAUAAACCAGAAGGGGAACACGGCAGUAAACAGGAGACGUUCACUGCCUGGGACACCCACCCAUGGGUCUCCACGGCGACGACGGCCUUGUGCCUGCAGACCGUCCUCUGCUGGUCGUACACAGGCUUCAGCACCAGAGGAGGCAGGAGACAGGUUGCCGUCUCUGGGGACAGAAGUGUGGAGCUGGGGCCGUGGGUCUGAGGGGCAACUAGGCCAUGGAGAUCAGCUUGCCAGACUCCAGCCUCUGUGUAUCAAGUCUUUGACAGGCGAGGAAGUGAUCAAAGUUGCUGCAGGAUCACACCAUUCAUUGGCCCUCAGCGCUCAGUGCCAGGUGUUUUCAUGGGGCAGCAACAUGUGCGGGCAGCUCGGACAUGUCAACAGCCCUGUCACUAUUCCUCAACAGGCGAAGCUGUCUGAGGGUCUACGGGUUUGGGACGUGUCGGCCGGUCAGAGCCACUCCCUCCUCUUGGCUGACGGAGACUGCAUCCAGCCGAUCCUCUUGUACUGCGGCCAGCAUCAAGAGCCAAUGUCGGCGCAGAGUGAGAGGUCACACCAGAAUCAAAGGUCAUACCAGAGGUCACCUAACAGGGCGGAGAGUUAUACAGUCAGACCCACCCUGCUGCCGCUAUGCAUGGAGAUGGGUUACAUUAGCAGUGUGUGCAGUGGUGGUCAGAGCUGUGCGGUGUUGGCUGACCAGAACGUCAUGGGCUUCAUCUCAGCUAUCCACGAGCUGGCCUCCAGAGAGAGGCACUUCUACUGCUGGUUGAGCAGCGUCAGGAAGCUCCUCCUCACCCCGCUACGUAACAGAGAGGGCGUGUGCCCAUUGUUAGGUGAGCCGUGCACUCAUCUCUUCUUCUCUCUCUGCGAGAGUUUUGUUCAUCUGAGCACCUUGAUCGGUCGACACUCCACGUGCCUCAGCUACUUCCUGCAUGAUGUGCAGAGCCGUGAUGUCACUUCCCUUCCACUGCUGACGCACACUGAGCACUUCCUGGACAUUUAUAAAGAAUAUUUCUCUGCAUUAGGUCACUUCCAGGUGAUGGGUGGAUUCCAGUCACUCCAUAAACUCUCACUUGAGUGUUUAGGCUCUCAGCAGACCACGCUCGCUCAGCUGUGUGUUUCAGAUCAGUCUGGCAGUGGUGAACUUGACCUGGUUUCACUGUUGUACUGGCCUCUGCAGCAGCUCCACCACUACAGCCGAAUCCUGCUAAAACUGGCAGCCUGCUAUGAUGUGUUAACUAUAGAGUAUCAGUCCCUCCAUCAGGGCUGUAUUCAGUUUGAGUCCCUGUCUUUGUCCCUGUUGAGGAGGAAGAAGGAGGCUGAGACCACAUUCCUCUUCUGGAAGACUCACUGUGGAAAACAUACCGAGGUGCUGCGUCUCCCGCAGCGUCGUGUAGUUUGUGAAAGCAGCAACAGAUCUCUGACCCUGCAGAACGCCGGGCGGUUCUCCAACCAUUGGUUCAUACUGUUCAACGAUGCACUGGUGCACACACAGGGUGCCAUUCCCUCUCAGAGCUUUUUCUCCUCACAUCAUGUCUAUCCUCUGACCUGUCUGUGGGUGAAACCAGUCACUGAAGACAGCAGUGGACUCUAUGCCAUCAAAAUUACAUGUCCAGAGGAGAGUUUCACCUUGGUGGCUUCAACACCACAGGAGAAGAAUAAGUGGCUACGAUCUCUGAACCAGGCGGUGGAUCAGGUGUUGGGUGGCGGAGGUCAGGGGUCAUCACCGGGGAUGACGGCGAUGUCUCGUACCGCCUCCUACACGUUCACUGGAGAGGGACGGUUUAAAGAUGCCCAGUACACGGGGGGCUGGCUGGCAGGGCGAGUUCAUGGCAGAGGAACCAUGAAGUGGCCAGACGGACGGACGUACACUGGAAACUUUAAGAACGGCCUGGAGGAUGGCUAUGGGGAGUGUAUAAUACCCAACAAAGUGCUGAAUAAACCAGACACCUACCAGGGACACUGGAAAGAUGGCAAGAUCCAUGGUUUUGGCAAGUACAAGUAUGCCAGCGGUGAGGUGUACGAGGGCUGUUUCUGUGAUGGGCAGCGGCACGGUUAUGGCAUGCUGAGCUCUGGUAAACAGGCCAGGACUUCUUCCAGCGUUUUCAUUGGUCAGUGGGUCCAGGACAGGAAGACAGGAUAUGGAGUCUACGAUGACAUUACCAAAGGUGAGAAGUAUAUGGGACUGUGGCUGGACGACCAGAGAAACGGCAGCGCUGUGGUCGUCACCCAGUACGGUGUGUACUAUGAAGGGACCUUCAAGGAGAACAAGAUGAGUGGUCCAGGGCUGCUGGUGUCAGAUGACGACACAGCUUUCCAUGGGGAGUUUUCUGAUGACUGGACUGUCAACGGGAAGGGUGUUUUGUCCCUGGCCAACGGUGAUUGUUUAGAGGGUCUGUUCAGUGGAGAGUGGAGCACAGGGCUGAAAGUGGUUGGGACGUACACCAAACCAGCUAUUGAUGAACCUGACAACAAAGAGAGAAGCAGUCUGUUCAGGUUGGGUCAGCAUGUGGUGCCUGCAGGUCAGAGGUGGGCCUGCGUGUUUAAUGAAUGUUGGAGUCGACUGGGCUGUGAAGCAGCUGGGAGGGGAGAGAGGAUCGCAGCCUGGGAGAACAUCGCUGUGACUAUAACAACCGCACGACGACACAGCCCAGACCUCAGUAGGUCUCAGACCAAAGUCCUGGAGUGUUUGGAGUUUAUUCCUCAGCAUGGAGAACCUGUCACCACUGCAAACUACGACAACAUACGAAGAUAUCUCACCAAGGCAUGUGAGACUCCCCUCCACCCUCUGGGCUGGCUGGUGGAGACGUUGGUGACAGUCUACAGGAUGACGUACGUCGGUGUGGGAUCCAACCGCAGGCUGCUCAGGCAGGCUGUCCAGGAGGUCCAGGCUUACCUCACACAUUACUACAGCAUCGUCAGAUUUCUGUUUCCGGGGUUACCAGAUGAUGGUGGCAUUAUCCCAGACCCUCCCACCUCUCCAUCCAAAAGCAGACACAACUCUAACACAACAGAACAAGGUGUUGUAGUGGUGAGCUGUUCCUCACUGCUUCUCCCUCUGCUGCUCCCUCGACUCUACCCUCCUCUCUUCACGCUGUACUGCCUGCAGGAGGAGCAGGAGGAGGCCCAGUACUGGGAGCGCAUCCUCCGACUCAACAAACAGCCCGACCAGGCGCUGCUCAGCUUCCUGGGAGUGCAGGAGAAGUUCUGGCCAGUGUGGAUGUCAAUAUUAGGAGAGAAAAAGCAGAUUGUGUCCAGCAGUAAAGAUGCCUGCUUUGUUUCUGCUGUGGAGACACUCCAACAAAUUAGCACCACCUUCACCCCAUCAGAUAAACUCCUGGUCAUCCAGAAAACAUUUGAGGAGUUGACACAGGAAGUAAAACCUAUGCUGGAUAGUGAUUUCCUUUGGUGCAUGGAUGACCUGCUCCCUCUCUUCCUCUAUGUGGUUCUCAGAGCCAGGAUCAGGAACCUGGGAGCUGAGGUCAGUCUGAUAGAAGAUCUGAUGGAUCCCAACGUUCAGUACGGAGAGAUGGGACUCAUGUUCACAACACUGAAGGCCUGCUAUAUCCAGACCCAGCAUGAGUCGACUAUGUAGGAGUGAAUGGGAGGAUACCCUGCGGUCGACAGGACAUGGAGACUGCAGAGGUGGCACAUUGCUGCGCACACAGGAGCUGCCAGAACAAACCAGCCACUCAAACCAGCAGUAUUCCUCUGGUGGAAGCUGUACUGAGGCUGCACAGAGAGGCAGGGGAGAGUUGUAACACCUUCACCUUCUGUCCACAAACAGGAAAUUAUGUCUGACGCCUCGUUCACUGUUGAUCCUUUUGGUAUGUUACAGCACUCCAGAGUUCUUUUUCUUCUACUGAAGUCAGUGUUCAUUCAAAGACAGAAUUCAGUAGCAUGUCGCCAUCUUGUGGACAUGUUAGACAACUGCAUUAUCAUCUUCAUAACAUGGUAACAUUUUGCUGCUGUAGAUUUCAGUAACACUUUCUAAUACAUCAGCUCAGUUUCCAUUUUUGGAAGUAUUUCAUGAAAAACUUUGCAAAGACAAAGGUAACAACAGUGCAGUUUACUUCUCAAUACUAUGUACAGUAUUCAAAUAUUUUCCUAAAAGGUAAUUCAUUAGGAUAAACAGUAAAGUGUUGUACUGUAUAUUUUUCCUUUUUCAUCUACUUUUUACAAGAACUUUCUAACACUCCAGGCAAAGGUAACUAACCUCUUGGGUCUGAAACAUGGUCACAGUUUAAAGGGAAAAUCACAGGCUAAUAAGUAAAAUUUGAAUAUGUUUCUAAUGGGUCAGUAGUAGCAAUUAACAGUGCAUUUAUCACAGUAAUACACUGUUGAUGUGUCCAAAUUUAAUGAAGCCCACCUGUAGGUAACGAUUAUAACUGUGUACAGUAGUUAACUCAAUGUGGUAACUUCUGUUUUCUUAAAAAUGAGCAGUUGAGAUUGCUGGUUGUCAAGACAGACUGACAGAAGCUCGCUAUACUGUUGGUUGGUGUUUUGUAAAACCAAAACUGAAAAUAUUUUCUUGCACUUCACUACGUUUUCAGCACUCAUAGCAUUUUACAUAGUGACGUGAGCGCUGUGUUUUCAUUAGUUUGUACUGAUCUCAGAGUGACAAACUCGCCUCCUGAGCUGCAGCAGCUGAAGAGCAGACUGGAUGAGAAGUUUGACUUUUCCAACAAGAUGAACUUUACAAAGUUGCUGAGUUAUAUUCUCUGUGUGAAAACAGAGACAAAACUGCUUCAGGCACUUUAUGUCUCAGUCGUUGUUUAAUAGGUCAAACCAAAAUCACCAGUUCAGAAAACUGUAGGUAAUAGAAAGGGAAAAAUGCUAUUUAUCUUGUAACAGUAUGUUCCUGCAAAACAUAUAUGCAAUUAACUUACUUUGCUCAUAACAUCCCCUUCUCACUCCUCAAAGUGUUGUUAUUCGUUGUUGUGUUAUAUCUUUUAAACGCAGGAGACGUCAAAACAUCACACUAAACAGACUUCCAGUUUUCUGACCGUUUAUUUAUUACGUAUUUAUUAAGACCUCUACCCUCCUGUAAUACAAAUCCAACCUGUGUGUGCACCGGCAUGUUAAAACACAAACCCUGAAGCUUUUUGUCUCAGGUCUGGUCCUCUGAUAUUCAUAACUAAUAUCCAGUUAGCUCAUCAUCGGAUGGUAACACGUCGCUACUCUGGGAAAUGAUUUGUGCUUGACUUAAUUUGAUGAGUUAACACAGUGUAGCCACGUGUAAAAGAAAUGUUUCCUCCUCUAAUGGUAUUUCAUUUAGUGUUUUGUGUAUAUGUGUGUGUGUGUGUGAGGGAGAGAGAGAGAGAGAGAGAGAGAGAGAGAGAGAGAAUGAACAUAUUAUGAACAAAUCUGACAGAUAACAGUUUUAAUGUUGCAGUUUCCAGGAAAGUGUUAGUUUCUGUAUAAAAGGAAAGUAUAUAGAUGUAUAUAUAGAUUAUCUCCAUCUGUGAGGUUAUAUUUUGUUCUGUUUGUACAGAGGACUUAUAAAAAAAACUUUCUGAUAUAUUUCAAUGAAAUGUGGUGGAAGGUUAGUCCCUAAAAGAGUUGACUAUUUGAUGUGUAUCCACUCAUUUUUAAAGGAAUAUUUUUGCAUUAUGAGAGACUAUUAUAAAAAUCAACCACUGCACUCACAUAAAGGAAAGAAUAUGCCACAUGAUUGUCUAUCACUGUGUUUUAAUGCAGAGCCAGACUGAAUUUGUUCUAUGUUUUAUAGCUAAUUAACAAGCCUGCAAAAGAAAAUUCCAACAUCAAAUGCAUUGAUCCUCUGAAUCCAUCUGUAUGUGUUAUAAAGGCCUGUUGGGACAUCAAAAUAAUCUUCUAUUUUUAAUUCAAAAACAAAAACAUUUUUAAGUCCCAGAAUCGAUACAACCCUAACCAGUAGAGUUGUGAUGUGUGUUAGCACAUCUAAACCUCCAAAUCAGUGAUAAUUUAAUUAUGUUAAUUUAUUUAUUUAUCAUUAAAAUGUAAAUGAAAUUAUUAAUGAGAAAUAUAUCAAAGAACAUUAUAUUCUAAAUUUUCCAAGACCACCUCUGCGUAAUGAGGCCUGCUCUCCCCACAGAGUCACAGUCAUAUUACAUAUUGUUUGAUAUCUAGACUCAUAAAAUGACAUUAACUACAUUUACAGCACUGCCAUCAUGUUACUGACUUGAUUAACUGAGCUUGUUGUGUUGAUGUCAGGAAUAAAACAGACUGUAAAACACUCAGGAUGAACUUCAGAAUGCAACAAACAACAACUUGCCAAAAUGACAGAAAAGCAGCUGUUGGAUUCUUUUCUCUAAUUUCUAGCAUUUCAGCUGUCACCGAAUUGUGUUUGUACUGUAUUUAUUCUCACUCAUGUUUUUGCAGAAUGUGUUGGGACAGUGCAUUGAAUGUUUUUUGUUCUUCUUGCUAUUAAAACCACUGCCAUGUAGUAUAAUACAGAUGUAACAUCAAAGCAUUUGGCCUCCAGUAAUACCAGGUUAAAGGACAAGAUAAAUGUUUUUCAUGUCCUAGCUCAAAACUACAAAUUGCCUGCAGUUUUCAGGAUUGCCAGUUAUUUUCUAUUAAAUACAUCAUGCAAAGUAGAUUUAUUUCCUUUAUUAUUAAUCACAUUAUUGUUUUAUAUGAAAAUGCAGUUUGAGGAGGGAAUCCCUCUUGGUAUAUUGUUACUGAAAUGAAGUAAAACCAAUUAAAAAAAACAGUUUUGAUUUCUUAAAUGGUCAGGUCCAUGUAGUUUGUAACUAAAAGACUAAAACAUGUUAUAAUCCUUUGUAAAAACCUGAAUUUCAAUGGAGGUUUCAGGCUAAGCAAAUUAAAUUAAACUGUUUAGUCAGCCAGUUGCAGACUAAACAGAUUGAAUUUAUGACUUGAGUUUAUAAUUUUUCUAACUAAAUCUAUUUUUGUAACUUCAUGCAUUUGUGUGAAGUGGUGAUCAGGGGAACUGAUUGUAGAAUGUCAAUUAGUUUUGAAAAAAAUAGCAACUUAAUAAAUGUGCUUAUAAUGGAUCAAUAAAUUUGAUUUUAAUUCUGAAAAA